GAUUUGUAAACCCCAGAGCAAGGUUCUGUGUGCCCGAGGCCGCUGCUGUGCGGAGACCUCCAGGUGAAGCCGCUGUCACCAUGUCUGAUCAGGAGGCAAAACCUUCAACCGAGGACUUUGGGGAUAAGAAGGAGGGAGAAUACAUUAAACUCAAAGUCAUUGGGCAGGAUAGCAGUGAGAUUCACUUCAAAGUGAAAAUAACACAUCUCAAGAAACGCAAAGAAUCAUACUGUCAAAGACAGGGAGUUCCAAUGAAUUCACUCAGGUUUCUCUUUGAAGGUCAGAGAAUUGCUGAUAAUCAUACUCCAAAAGAACUGGGAAUGGAGGAAGAAGAUAUGAUUGAAGUUUAUCAGGAACAAACGGGGGGGGGGGGGGGGAGUCAUUCAGCAGUUUAGAUAUUCUUUUUAUUUUCUGUUUCUUUUGCCUCAAUCCUUUUUUAUUUUUAAAAAUAGUUCUUUUGUAAUGUGGUGUUCAAAAUGGA